AUGGCCACAAUCCCUCCCGUUGCCCCGUUCCCGUCAGCGGCAUGGCGGGCACAUCUCACCCCGCAAGAUUGGAACACUCUCAUCGAAGCCUGGACGACGCUCUCCCAAGCCUACCUCGCUCUCUCCGAUUCCCAACUCGCAAAAGCAGUGACUAAAGACGAAUCAUUACCGAACUUCCUCUCAACCUUCGUCAUCGAAGUCGCGGAAACGGGGCCCUCGGAAACGAUAGGCUCAUCUCACCAAGCAAAGACGCUCCUAAGGACAACUUUCACCCUGACAUCUCGCCUCCUCACCACGCCGUCAGCGCCACCACCGAUUCCGCUCACAACACCACCGUUUCUCAGCGGCUUCAGCAAACUCUUCCGCAAGAACGCCCUGGCAACGUUGUCCAAGGCAUGGAAGGAACACCCGACGUCACUCGAGACAUCCCUCGCGGGCCUGAAGAAGUCUCUCACGCAGUCUCUGGAGGCAGGGUUGAAAGCAGACCUCAAAUCUCUCGAAAGCAGGCUGUCAAAACUGAACCAUUUGCUGCACGCAUCCCCCGACGCAUCAGCAUUCUUUAUCGCGGGGUCCGACUUCCUCGAUGGUCUCGUGUCGGGAUUCAAGAUCACCAACCCGCCGUUGCGCAAGGUCCUCGUCGCGACGACGUACGUGUGUCUUAUCGGCUUGACGGAUGGGGAGUCGCCUCGGUUCGGGAUGCUCGCCGACGUGCUAUUCUCCCUAAAGUCCGCCGCGGAAACGCACAAGGCCGGACCGUUGAACGUCAACGACUCCCUCGUCGCGGAGUUGGUCACCGUCACACCCGUGCUGAAGCAGCUGCUCAAGCGGGCAGAGGAGAAGGGCGCGGCGUCGACGGCGCUGAAGACCAGGAUAUCCGCCCUGGAGGGGUUCAAGAAGCCCGGAGGCGGCUUCAUGAGACCGAAGAGGCUUGUCAAGAGGAAGGUCGACAAGGGCAAGGGUGUCGCGGAUGCCGGGGACGUGCAGGCUGAGCUCCACAUCCACCGACAGAGUCAGAUCGCGCUCAUCCAAGAUCUGUUCCCUGAUUUGGGUUCCGGGUUCAUCUCCAAGCUGUUUGAUGAGUACGGUGAUAACACGGAGGUCGUCACGUCACAUCUACUCGAGGAUUCGCUGCCGCCACAUCUCUCGGGGCUUAACCGCAGCGAGCAGCUAUCACCAAAGAUCGAGAGAAGAUUCAGCCACGACAUCGCACCCAGACCCACGCCACCACAACUCCCAGAACGCCAUAAUGUUUUUGAUGAUGAUGAACUAGACAGACUAGAACUAGAUGUUUCGAAAUUGCACUUCGGAAAGAAGUCGCCAGAGAAGACGGCCGACGACAUUCUGAAAGACAGAUCCACCGCGCCCAACAAAGCGGCCAUCUUGUCGGCGCUUGCGGCCUUUGAUUCGGAUGACGACGAGCGCGAUGACACGUACGACGCAGACGAUGUGGGUGGAACAGUCGACAACGCGGCCAACGAGGAGGCAGACGGACACCAGGAUGCCAGUGAGGAGACGUUGUUCAAGGCGUUCCAGUCCGACCCGAGCUUGUUUGACCGACAGGCCACGACGAGAAGGGGCCAAGCGAGAGGCAAGUUGAGGGAGGAAACUGGCAUGACGGAUGAGGCGAUCGAGGGGUGGGCCGUCAUGCUUGGUAGGAACCCGGCGCAGAAGAGGAGGCUUGAGGCCAAGUACAGUGGUGCUGCCGCAUUCACCGGCGCGCAAAACGAACUUCUUUCAACGGCGUGGAGGGCCAGUCCUGGUGGUUCUGGCGCUGAAGAGUCGGAGCCGGAUGGCGGUAGUUCUUCCUCGAGAGGUGGCAGAGGGGGUGGGCGUGGCCGCGGUGGUCGUGGCGGUCGUGGUAGAGGCGGACGCGGCGGCAAUGUGGCGGGGCCGACAGGGGAGAAGGAGACUGAAGCGGCGCGGAGGAGGAAAGAAGCCAACAAGGGCUCCAGGGCAAACCACAAUCGCCGAGACCAGAGGGCGAGAAAGAUGGCGAGAGGGGGGCUGCCUGGUUGA